AAGGCAAGCCGAAAUUAAAAUUGAAGAGACCGAUUAGCAAAACAGGAGCGCCAAACAGAAACUAUAGACAAUCGUCACGAAUCUGAAUCGUUAAACGUCAUCCCGUGACAGCCGUCGGAUCUAGGGCAUCUAAGCCUCGGCAAGGGUUUUAUGUUUUUUAACUUGCCAUUUCGGACCAAGUGACUUCCUCCGUUUCAGCCUCUACCUAGAGAGAGAGAGAGAGAGAGAGAGAGGUUGAAGAUGGUUCAGCGUCUAACGUAUCGCAAGCGUCAUAGCUAUGCGACCAAAUCGAACCAGCAUAGGGUCGUCAAAACCCCUGGUGGAAAGCUUGUAUACCAGAGCACUAAGAAAAGAGCAAGUGGCCCUAAGUGCCCUGUUACUGGAAAGAGAAUCCAAGGAAUUCCUCACUUGAGGCCUGCUGAAUACAAGAGGUCUAGAUUAUCCAGGAACAGGAGGACAGUAAACCGAGCCUACGGGGGUGUACUGUCUGGAGGUGCUGUUAGAGAGAGGAUCAUCCGGGCUUUCUUGGUAGAAGAGCAGAAGAUAGUGAAAAAGGUUUUGAAGAUCCACAAGGCCAAGGAAAAACAAGCCUCAAAGAGCAGCUAAAAUGAAAAUGGAGAAGCUACAUGCUUUCUUUUACUUGAAUUUUAUGAAAAAAAUUUUGGCUGACAAUGAUUAAUGUGCUUAUUAUAAUUGUGAGGUGUUUGUCUUUAGAUUUCAAUGAGCUUUAAUUUGGUUUCAACUUUCUAUCAGGAGCAUUGUUGUUGGAUUCUAAACGUUUGCAUACAUUGGAUGGAUAUAUCGUCCCAUUGUUUUGAUUGUUUAGCA